ACCAUCGACCUUCCGCGCGAGACAGUGGGAGCUUGAGGCUCAUCUCCUGCCGUCAUAGCCGGCGACAGCAUUACAUCAGUAACCUAGUCGGCUGAGGGGCGGAGGCAUGGUGGGUGGCCUGUUUCUGAGUUGGAGGAGGCCAACGAAGGAACAGGAGCAGGCCUGCAUCGCCCGCUCUGGCGGCUUCAACUACGAUCCCAAAUUCCACGGCUCUACUACCUCUCCUCAUUCUCGCGGUCAAAAAUCCAUCGAAGCCGUAGUGGGAGAAGAGGAAGAAACACUCACCAAGAACGGUUUCUCCAUCAACCACGCUAGGGUCCUCCUUGGCUCUGGUCCCCGUACCUUCGACCUCGCAAAAUCAGCCCUCCUCUCUUGGAAGCACUUCGGAUUGGGAUGGGCGUUUGUGAAUCCGAAGACUCCUGUCGAGAAAGGGGAGAGGUUCUGCGUCUGCGUGAAGGAGGUGAUACCAUGGAUGAUGAUGCCGCUCCAGAUUGCAUAUGUGCGGGAAGAUACUGGCGGCCUCAGUCCGAAUAAGGUUUCCUUCGGCUUUGGCAGCGGCACUCUUCGGGGCCACCUUCUGGCUGGCGAGGAGCGUUUCUCGAUUGAACGGGACGAGAAUGACAAGGUCUGGUAUGAAAUCUAUUCCUUCUCCAAGCCUGCACACAUCCUAUCGGUUAUAAGCUACCCAUAUGUAAAGCUUAGGCAGAAGUUUUUCACUCUACAAUCAGUGGAUGCAAUGAAGAAACAUGUUGCUACCAACCAGCAAUCCAGUCGAGAAUAGCGAGGGCUUUGCAUUUCCCAACAAUCCCUUGUAUUAGGUUGUUACUUGUGCAUGCAUUUUCACGUUAGGCCAAAGUAAACCAGCUUAUUUUGUCAAGACUUCGGCCAAUGAGACCUUACUGACUUGUGUGAACAAGUUUUUGUUGUUUCUCCAUUUUGAAACACAUUUUUAAUGUAAAGUUAGCCUGAGGUAAGACUUAA